AUGAAAGCAGAGAGAGUUACAGAACUUGCCAAGGAAGUUGAGCAUUUGUCCAGACUUGGAGCUUCUAGACUACAACAUGGAAACACAGAGAAAGCCUUAGAGGCCUACAGACAGGCUUACCUGAGGUCCCAGCUGCUGGGUCACAAUGGCUACAUGCAGCGAGCUUGUGCCUUCAACCUGGGCUCAAUGUUGAUCUCAACUGGCAACUUCACUGAAGGUCUCAACUACUUGAAGCUUGCUAAACCUCCAGAAGGUUAUCGUGAUGGUAAAUCUAAUGGUGACUUAUAUUUUAACUCUGGCCUGGCGUAUGAGGGUCUUCAAAAUGUGGAGGAAACAAAGCAUUGCUAUAGUAAAGCCUUGGAGGAGUAUCGGUGGGAACACAAUAUCAACAUGGAGGCAGAUGUUCUUGGUCGGUUGGGAAAAGCCUACUUGAUGUGUGAUCAGUUCACUGAGGCUGCCUCCUGUUUGAAACAGUUGAUCCAUGUACAGGAGAAGUUAGGAGAUUAUACAAAACAGUUGCAGUCCCAAGCUGAACAGGCCAGCCUUCUUCUUCGGAUGGAUCAAGUUGCUGAAGCAGAGAAGAUUGCAGAUGAUUGUUUCCUCAGAUGUCAAGGAGACGAGCUGUCCAAUAGUAUUGCGAAUGUGCUCACAGAAUUAAGUUUGACUUACACCCAGAUGCGCAGCUAUGAUAAAGCUUUACGGUGCUGCCAGAUUGCUCUCCCUCUAGUAGCAGCCAAAGAUGCAGAUGCCAAGCAAAUUGCUAUUUUGUACCAGAAUCUUGGGGUCAUCAACAGCUACUUGGGGCAGUACCAAAAUGCCAUAGAAUACCAUCAAAAGGCAGCCAGUAAAUAUGCUGAACUCAGCAUCAGAAAAUGUCAAGGCCAUUGUUUCAUCAAUAUGGGCUACGCCUACAGCCAACUAGGGGACAUCCACCGAGCUGGGGAAUACUUCCUGCACUCUCUACAAGCUGCCAAGGACUGUGGUGAGCAUUAA